AUGUUAUUUUCGUCUCUGGCAUUAUCGAUUCUCUUUGCUCGUGCAGGAUUCGGACUCCAGGUCACAGAAGGCUCUCCAUGUGAAGAAAAAUGCCUCAAACCCGCACGAAACACAACACCGGAUGAUAUUGUUUGUCGAGAUUUUGAGUUCAAUGAACGACCUGGCUCCAAUUUCCAAGAGUGUGUGAAGUGUGAAUUGAAGAGCCCCUACUCUCGUUUACGAACUUUUGAACAGUUUGAUACGGAUGUUAAAUGGGGACUGUAUAACCUUCGCUAUGCCUUCUCAAGUUGUGUGUUCGGUUAUCCAGAGGAAAAGACACAGGCUUUGUCCACUCCGUGCCAGGUGGCGUGUGACUCCCUUGGGCCUGCCAUCAAGAGCAAUUUGGUUGACCCAGGGCCCUCAAACAUGCAUUAUUUCUGUGGAAUGAAAGUUUUCGACGACGGCAUCAUCACUAAAUGUGCUUCAUGCUUUAACUUGACUGACAGUGAGAAAUAUCUGGCUAACUUCAUUGAAGCAAUACGCCAGGGCUGCCACGCAAAUCUCCCCAACAAUGUUCCAUUUAUUAUUGAUCCCGAUAGAAUAUUCAAAGCCAAACUUCUACCACCAAAAUUCAAAUUCCCCAAAGUCGAAGGCCCGGCGAAACCAAAAUCCCAAGUCAAAAACCUCGUCCUCAUCAUCGUCUUUUCCAUUCUUGGAUUCCUUUUAUUGAUGGUAUGUGCUUGCGCCGGAUGUAUAUUCUAUAUCUGCCGUCGCCGGCGCAAGGCGAAGAGAAGAAACCAGCCUACCUAUUUGCACGAGCGGUGGGACGAUACAAGCAUAAUGUCACCAGUGCACCGUCAGUUGCGCAGAAGCUGGGGAGAACCUUCCCCAUACCAGCCGGAAUUUACGGGGCCGUACGCGGAAUACGGCAAUCAAAACUAUGCGUCUACCAAUGAAGCCCCCCAAGAUAUCAAGUAUCCCGUGGAAGCAUAUGCGAUGGAUACGCACCCAUCUACAACACCACAAUUCGCAACGGUGUCGCCCAAAUCUAAAUUAUCCUCGCCGAAAUUAUCUGCGGCCCCUCCGCCACGGAAAUCAACGAAUGGCUGA